AGAGCACAAGGUUUAACAGGCAGAACGACAGUUUCUUGCUCACUUACAGGCAGCACAGGGAACUCACUGCUGGACUUGUAUGAAUACCGGUAAGCAGCAGAAGCCAGUGCUGACAGGCCAGAGGUUCAAGACCAGGAAAAGGGAUGAAAAGGAGAAGUUCGAGCCGACAGUUUUUCGAGACACAAUUGUUUCGGGCCUCAAUGAAGCGGGAGGCGACCUGGAUGCUGUAGCCAAGUUUCUAGAUGUCACAGGGUCGCGACUGGACUACAGACGCUAUGCUGACACUCUGUUUGACAUCCUCGUCGCCGGGAGCAUGCUUGCUCCCGGAGGGACUCGCAUUGAUGAGGGUGAUAAGACCAAGGUGACAGCGCACUGCGUGUUCACCGCUGAGGAAAGCCACGCUGCUCUGCGCCUAUAUGCUCAGGUUUUCAAUAAGCUCAUCAGGAGAUACAAAUAUCUGGAGAAAGCCUUUGAGGAGGAAAUCAAAAAGCUGCUGCUCUUCCUGAAGGCCUUCAGUGAGUCAGAGCAGACCAAGCUCGCCAUGUUGACGGGCAUCCUGCUGGCCAACAACGCGCUACCACCUCCCAUCAUCACCAGCCUCUUCAGUGAUAAUGUGGUCAAAGAAGGGAUCUCUGCGUCUUUCGCUGUGAAGAUGUUCAAAGCAUGGAUCGCAGAGAAAGACGCCAAUUCGGUGACCUCAUCUUUGAGGAAGGCGAACCUCGAUAAAAGACUUCUGGAGCUGUUUCCUGCUAACAAGCAGAAUGUGGAGCAUUUCUCCAAGUACUUCAACGAAGCCGGGCUCAAGGAGCUGUCCGACUUCCUGCGUGUGCAGCAGAGUCUGGGAACCCGCAAAGAGCUGCAGAAAGAGCUGCAGGAGCGCCUGUCCCAGCAGUGUCCCAUCAGAGAGAUAGUGCUGUAUGUGAAGGAGGAGAUGAAGAGGAACGAGCUGCAGGAGCAUGCUGUGAUUGGGCUCUUGUGGACGUGCCUGAUGAACGCCGUGGAGUGGAACAAGAAGGAGGAGCUGGUCACAGAGCAGGCACUCAAACACCUCAAACACUACGCUCCUCUGCUGGCAGUGUUCAGCACUCAGGGUCAGUCUGAGCUGGUGCUGCUCCUGAAGAUCCAGGAGUACUGCUACGACAACAUCCACUUCAUGAAGUCCUUCUCCAAGAUAGUGGUGCUCUUUUACAAAGCUGAUGUCCUGAGCGAGGAGGCCAUCUUAAAGUGGUACAAAGAUGCCCAUGCUGCCAAAGGGAAGAGUGUCUUCUUGGAACAGAUGAAGAAGUUUGUGGAGUGGCUCCAAAAUGCUGAAGAAGAGUCAGAGUCAGAGGGGGAGGAUGGUUAGAGGAGGAGCAGGAGGAGUUCCUGUAGUCUGCCUCCUGUGGCCUGAAUGACAGUGUAGCAGCUAGUUAACAUGUUGUGUAGAGUCCAUCUGGGUUGAUAUGGAGGCCCGUUCAACAACACUCCCCCUCCCGAGGCAGCCGAACACCUUCAGAUAACCAGCGAAUGUCUGUGAACACCGGACCAGGAGUCAGUCCUACAUGGAGACAGCCUUACUGAUGUCCAUCCACCUCAGCACAAGACUCCAUCUAUAAAAAUGAUCCAGGAAUAGUAACAUGACCUCUGCAGUAGGUUUGCACUUGUUUUAAUACACGCACAAGUGAGUUUGACUAAGUAAAGUGUGGAUAUGUAACCUGGCAAUGCUCUCGUGUUUUUAUGAAUAAACUGGUUUUAUAUGUA